AUGGUUGUCAUAACGAGGGUAAUAUCCUUGACCAAUUUCGUGGUUGCAAGCUCAGCUCUUGGAUUCCAAGUAUUCGUUCUGUACCCGUGGCAUAAGGAGCUGGACGCUGGGUUUGAAGAGCUGAAGAAGGAGCAUCUACGCGUUCUCGGUGCAGUCAGCGGAGGUCCAGCCAUUACCAGGGAACAAGGACAGGUCAUGCAAGAGAAGCUCUCCGAGUUGAACCAGAAAAAGUGGUGGUUUCAGAGUAGAUGA